CACAACUCGAAUUGAGAUAUCAAAGAACGAUCUUUUCACCAUAUCUGCUGAUUAAAUUUUGGGAGUUGUUUAAGUUUGUGCCGUCGGCUCAAGGGCAUUCGGGCAUGUCUGGAUUCUAAUAUUGUUGACUUGUGUUGUCAGUGAUUGUUGUCUAUUGCUUUCUGUAGUAAAUCUCUCACGCUACUUUGCUUGUUUCGUUAGUCCACACAGUACCUUCUGGUUAGACUCAAACCGUUACAAUAGCCUGUCAGAAAGAUAAGGAUUCCAUUUGCAAAACUUGGAAAAUUGUUCGGCGUAAUGGAAGUCAUAACUAUACCCGCCUUGUCGGAUAACUACAUGUAUGUAGUUAUCGACAGAGCAUCAAAUAUAUGCGCAGUUGUGGAUCCAGUGGAACCUGAUAAGAUUUUGAGUGCAGUCACGCAACGCGGUUUGCGACUUGAAUCUAUAUUGACAACUCAUCAUCACUCGGACCACGCUGGAGGAAACCUUGACCUUGUAACUAAAUGCAGGAAACAAGGCUUAGAGGGAGUAAAGGUGUAUGGAGGAGAUGAUCGUAUUAGUGGUUUGACUGAUACUGUGUCUCACGGACAUAAAAUAAAGAUUGGUAGCAACCUCAAUGUUUGUUGCUUGGCUACACCAUGUCAUACUACUGGUCAUAUAUGCUAUCUGGUUACCGAAGAAAACAGUACCAAAGAAGGGGUGGUAUUUACUGGCGACACGUUGUUCCUUGGGGGUUGUGGAAGAUUUUUUGAAGGGACCGCUGAACAAAUGUUUAAAGCACUUAUUGAGGUUCUUUCCAAGUUACCAACAACAACGAAAGUCUAUUGUGGGCACGAAUAUACUGUAAAAAAUCUUGAAUUUGGCUUAACUGUUGAGCCAAAAAAUGACGCGCUUAAACACCGGUUAGAAGCUGUAAAACGUUUACGUGCGUCUAAUCAAGCAAGUGUUCCCGGUACAAUCGGAGAGGAAUUAGCAACCAAUCCUUUCAUGCGUGUUUGUGAACCAGAUGUGCUCGCACAUGCGAAAACUACCGAUCCCAUCAAAGCCAUGAAAACAAUUCGCGAAGAAAAAGAUCACUUUUAGAUUUGAAACUGAUUUGUCUUACGAUAACAGCGAUAUAUUGCAAUUUCUUCAACGAAGUCAGUAUGUCUUUUUAUAUUUUCGAACAUUUAAUAUGCUUAUCUUGACCCUGAACAUUGAUAAAACAUAUUAAAUAAAUAAAUAAAAUUGGUACUAAUG